AUGGCUAAGAGACUCGCAAGAGAACAAGAGCAAUUAGCGAGAGAAGAGCAGGAGAGACUGGCACGGGAGAAACAAGAAAGACUUGCCCGAGAGGAGCAGGAGCGGCGUGCGAGAGAACAAGAGCGGCUCGCACGAGAGGAGCAGGAGAGACUAGCUAGAGAGGAACAAGAAAGUCUGGCCCGAGAGGAACAAGAGCGGCUCGCACGAGAAGAGCAGGAAAGACUUGCUCGAGAGGAGCAGGAGCGGCUUGCCAGAGAACAGGAAAGACUUAUACGGGAAGAACAAGAGCGGCUCGCACGAGAAGUGCAGGAGAGACUGGCUAGAGAGGAACAAGAGCAAUUAGCGAGAAAAGAACAAGAGCGCCUUGUAAGAGAACAGGAAAGACUUGCUCGAGAGGAACAUGAACGGCUGGCAAGGGAGGAACAAGAAAGACUUGCGCGAGAAGAGCAAGAAAGACUCGCACGAGAGGAGCAGGAGCGUCUUGCAAGGGAUGAGCAAGAGAGACUGGUGCGAGAGGAGCAGGAGCGAUUGGCAAGAGAAGAACAGGAGAGACUUGCGAAAGAGGAGCAGGAGCGGCAGGAGCAGGCUGCUAGGGAGGAACAAGACAAACUCGCACGGGAGGAGCAGGAGCGGCUUGCCAGAGAACAAGAACGGCUCGCACGAGAGGAACAAGAAAGACUUGCUCGAGAGGAACAGGAGCGUCUCGCAAGGGAGGAACAAGAGCAAUUAGCAAGAGAGGAACAGGAGAGACUUGCGAAAGAGGAGCAGGAGCGGCAGGAGCAGGCUGCUAGGGAGGAACAAGACAAACUCGCACGGGAGGAGCAAGAACGCUUAGCAAAAGAAAAACAAGAGCGUCUUGAGAGGGAAGAACAGGAGAGACUUGCGAAAGAGGAUCAGAAGCGGUUAGCAAGAGAGGAACAAGACAGACUUGCAACGGAAGAACAAGAUCGUGUCGCAUAA